AUGGAGCGCCCGCUCAACCUCAGCUGCCUCGCCGAUACGACGCCGGACAGUGGCAACAGGAGCGGGUCCUCCGCCGGCCCCGAGGGCGGCCAGGCCCAUCUCUCCGUCUUCAGCGUGUUGGUCCUCACGCUGUUGGCCAUGCUGGUGGUGGCCACGUUCCUCUGGAACGGGCUGGUCCUGGCCACCAUCCUCCGUGUGCGCAGUUUCCACCGGGUGCCCCACAACCUGGUGGCCUCCAUGGCCAUCUCUGACGUGAUGGUGGCGGCCCUCGUCAUGCCCCUCAGCCUGGUGCACGAGUUGUCCGGGCGGCGGUGGCGGCUGGGCCGGUCGCUCUGCCAGGUGUGGAUCUCCUUCGAUGUGCUGUGCUGCACUGCCAGCAUCUGGAAUGUCACGGCCAUUGCCCUCGACCGCUACUGGUCCAUCACCCGUCACCUGGAGUACACGCUCCGCACCCGGCGCCGCAUCUCCAACAUCAUGAUUGCUCUCACCUGGGCGCUCUCCGCCUUUAUCUCUCUGGCCCCAUUGCUCUUUGGCUGGGGAGAGACUUACUCAGAGGACAGUGAAGAGUGCCAAGUCAGCCAGGAGCCCUCCUACACCAUCUUCUCCACAUUCGGGGCCUUCUACCUGCCCCUCUGCGUGGUGCUCUUUGUGUACUGGAAGAUCUACAAGGCUGCCAAGUUUCGAAUCGGAUCUCGCAAGAGCAACUCCAUCACCCCCAUUACACCAGAAGCACUGGAGGUAAAGGAAGCGGCCCAGCAGCCACAGAUGGUCUUCACUGUCCGUCACGCCACUGUUACGUUCCAGACAGACGGAGACACGUGGAGAGAGCAGAAGGAAAAGAAAGCUGCCCUCAUGGUGGGCAUCCUUAUUGGGGUCUUCGUGCUCUGCUGGAUCCCCUUCUUCAUCACAGAGCUCAUCAACCCACUCUGCUCAUGUGACAUCCCACCUGUUUGGAAGAGCAUUUUUCUAUGGCUGGGCUAUUCAAAUUCCUUUUUUAAUCCACUCAUCUACACUGCUUUCAACAAAAACUACAACAAUGCCUUCAGGAACCUAUUCUUUAGGCAGCAGUGAGCAGAAAAAGCUUUCCUGCUGCCCCAGGAAGCUGAUUUUGAGUGUCAAUGAUUC